CACUGGUUAGAACCCCAAAUUCGAUUUUUUUUUCAGAUUUUCAACAACCCCAUUUGCGUAGAAAUGCCUUCAAACCCAAAAAUUUUCACUGCUAGAUCAUCCUAUUCGUACUAUUACCAUUCCCGUAGAUCGACAAUCUUGAUUCUAUGUUUUCUAAUCGGUUUUGCUGGGUUUGUUUUUGGGGUUAUUGCGAUUUCGAGGAGGGGUUUAGGAAACAGCUGUAAAUAUGCUGAACCCAGAUCUGUUACUGUUGCUUGGGAUAGAAAUGUGAUGAGUAGAGAAGAAAAUGGAAUUGGGGUUACUGGUGGAGGGUAUAAGAGGCAUAAAGUAAUGGGUUUUGUUGGAAUUCAGACUGGGUUUGGAUCGGUUGCUCGCCGGAGAUCGUUGCGCCGGACUUGGUUUCCAUCUGAUCACAAUGGGCUUCAAAAGUUAGAAGAAGCCACUGGCUUGGCUUUUAGAUUUGUUAUUGGUAGAACAAGUGAUAAAUCCAAGAUGUCAGCACUUAAGAAAGAGGUAGCAGAAUAUGAUGAUUUUGUACUAUUGGACAUUGAAGAAGAGUACAGUAAGCUCCCAUACAAAACAUUAGCCUUUUUCAAGGCUGCCUAUGCACUUUAUGAUUCCGAGUUCUAUGUUAAAGCUGAUGAUGACAUAUAUUUACGGCCAGAUCGCCUUUCAUUACUCUUGGCCAAAGAGCGGUCUCACUCACAAACAUACCUUGGAUGUAUGAAAAAGGGUCCAGUUUUCACUGACCCCAAGCUCAAAUGGUAUGAACCACUUUCAUCUAUUCUGGGGAAGGAGUAUUUUCUGCAUGCUUAUGGUCCUAUUUAUGCUCUUUCUGCUGAUGUUGUUGCAAGUUUGGUUGCCCUGAGAAACAACAGUUUCCGAAUGUUUAGCAAUGAGGAUGUUACCAUUGGAGCCUGGAUGCUUGCAAUGAAUGUCAAUCAUGAGAAUAAUAAGCAACUAUGUGAACCAGAGUGUACAGAAUCAUCUAUUGCUGUGUGGGAUAUUCCAAAGUGUUCAGGUCUGUGUAAUCCGGAGAAGAAAAUGUUGGAACUCCAUGCAAACGAUGUCUGCUCAAAGAGUCCAACUCUACCAUCAGAAGAUGAUUGAUGAUCUUGAUCAACUGGAAGUCACAGCCAGUCAUUCAUGAGAUAUAUAGAUAUAAGAAAUAUAUAUAAUAUUUGUUUUCCAUUGAUGUUGCACAAAACUCAAAUGGAGUGACAUGGAUACUGAUAGAUGAUUCAUAUAGCCGAAUUCAACUUGCUCGGGAUUGAGACAUAUAUAGUUGUUGUUGUACCAUUGUUGCACAAAACGAUCGGAACUUUGAUAGUAAAGGAGAUUUUUCAAUUUGCAACUGUCUUGAGUUUGGUUUGUGA